AUGGCUUCAACUGCUUGUACCUUCCAAAAACUUGCCCUGCUCCUCUUCAUCAUAAUCAGCUUCCCUUUAGCCACCUCCAUCGACUUCAACUACCCGGCAGUUUUCAAUUUCGGAGACUCGAAUUCCGACACGGGGAACCUAGUCGUCAGCAUGGCGGAUCCCCUCGACCCGCCUAACGGUCAGACAUAUUUCAAGAGACCUUCCGGAAGGUUCUGCGAUGGCCGCCUCAUCAUCGACUUUCUAAUGAAUGCAAUGGACUUGCCGUUCUUGAACGGGUAUUUGGACUCGGUAGGUGCUCCAGUUUUCAGAAGAGGGUGCAACUUCGCUGCUGCGGGGUCCACUGUAUUGCCCGCAACUGCAACAUCCGUUAGCCCGUUUUCGUUCGGGAUCCAAGUGGCACAGUUUUUCAAGUUCAAGGCAAAAGUCGAAGAAAUACAGGCUAAGUCGAGAAGAUAUGAUAGGUAUAUCCCAGCUCAGGAUUCUUUCGGGAAGGGGCUCUACAUGUUCGACAUAGGUCAAAAUGAUCUAGCUGGCGCCUUUUAUUCAAAGACGUUUGAUCAAGUCCUCGCUUCAAUCCCAACGAUUCUAUUAGAAUUCGAAGAUGGUAUUCAGAAAUUAUACGAUCAAGGAGCGAGAAAUUUCUGGAUUCACAAUACGGGCCCUUUAGGGUGCUUACCGCAAAACAUUGCUAAAUUUGGCAAUGACCCAACGAAGCUAGACGAGCUCGGAUGUGUUUCCACUCACAAUCAAGCCGCAAGGCUUCUCAACCUGCAACUUCAUGCACUCACCAAGAAAUUGCAAGGCCAAUAUCAGGAUGCAAAUAUUGUGCACGUUGACAUUUUCACAAUCAAGUUGAAUCUCAUAGCAAACUACUCUCGAUAUGGAUUCGAGCAGCCAUUGAUGGCCUGCUGUGGGUAUGGGGGUCCACCAUUGAAUUACGACAGCCGGGUCGCCUGUGGACUGACCAAAGUCGUGAACGGAAGUUCGAUCACAGCCAAAGCUUGUGAUGACAGUACAGAGUACAUUAAUUGGGAUGGGAUUCAUUACACAGAGGCUGCAAAUCAGUAUGUUGCAUCACAGAUUCUGACGGGAAAAUAUUCGGACCCACCAUUUGCGGACAAGAUGCCUUUUCUUCUAAAGCUAAAGUUUUAA